GGCCACAUCGCCCCUUUAGAGCACCGGAGAGAGAGGCGCUGCUGCCUGCUUCCCCCCUCGUUUCCUCCCGGGUGGUUUCGCCCGGGACGGGCCGGGGAGCGGGGCGCACACGUGGGCUGGGCCGGGCCGUGCGGCGCAGGAUGCUGUGCUGAGGUGGAUGAUGGCUGUGUGGGCUCGGCACGUCUCCCGCUGGUGUUGCCUGCUGAGCACGGCCCGUGCUGUUGAGUUUCACGGGAGGCUGAGGAGCCGCGGCUGCCGUGAGUUUGCCCCUGUGGCUGUGCUGCCUGCUGGAAGGGAGCUUGUUCCGUGCAGACUGCAGGCGUACAGACAGGUGUGUGUAGGAAGCUGUUCCCCGCCCGACAGCGCUAAGGAUGUAUCCUUCUCUUCUCCCGAAAGUAACUUGCCUUUAGUACAACAGGAACAAGCAAAACCGGAAACAUUACCUGAUCUGAAUGCAAAAAUACUGGACGAAGACUGGGAUGACAUCCCACCUUCAUCUGCUUUGGAAGUGAUUUCUGAGGAAGAAGCUGUACAGAUCAUUGCAGAACCUCUUCUCCCCAUUCAGUCUUCCACACUCCGGGAUUAUGUUGAUCACUCAGAAACCCUUGCAAAACUUGUCCACCUAGGAGUUGACUUAUCCCAAGUGGAGAAACGUCAAAAGGCAGGUCAGCUCUUACUGACCUUGGACUUUGAAAAAGAUGUAAAAAAAAUACUUCUAUUUCUUAAGGAUGUGGGUGUAGAAGACAAUCAACUGGGACCAUUCCUGACCAAAAAUCCAUACAUCCUUGGUGAAGAUCUGGAAGCUUUAGAAACCAGAGUGGCUUACCUAAAAUCAAAAAAAUUUGGUAAGUCAGAAAUUGCUCAGAUGGUCUCAAGAGCUCCAUAUUUGCUGUUGUUUUCAGUGGAAAGACUGGAUAACAGACUGGGUUUCUUCAAAAAUGAACUUGGUCUCAGUGUGAAAAAGACAAAGGAUCUGGUAAUUCGUCUUCCAAGGCUACUGACUGGCAAAUUAGAGCCUGUAAAAGAAAAUCUUCAGGUUUGUCAAAUUGAACUUGGUUUUCAACAUAAUGAAAUUCAACAGAUAGUGUAUAAAACUCCCAAGAUUUUAACUGCAAGUAAAAAGAGACUCAAACAGACAUUUGACUACUUACACAACAUAAUGGGCAUUCCCCACCACAUGCUUACUCGCUUUCCUCAGGUUUUCAACUCAAAACUAUUACGAAUCAGAGAAAGGCAUAUGUUUCUUGCAUUCUUGGGAAGAGCCCAGUAUGACCCAGCACAACCCAGCUACGUCUCUCUGGAUCAGCUGGUUUCCUUGCCCGAUGAGGUGUUUUGUACAGAGAUUGCUAAAGCAUCUAUGCAGGACUUUGAAAAUUUCUUAAAAACACUUUAGUAACACAUGUAAAAAAAAAUAUAGGAUUAAGUUACAAAAUAAACAUACUUUAUAAAACCAC